AUUCUUCAUAUAUUUAUCAUCAUCGAAACACGAAAUUGACUCACCUCUAUUGUCACGUCACUCCUUCAAACUACUAUUCUCAUUUCAUUAGAAUUUGCUAAUCUUUGCCGCUCCUCUCCACAACAAAUCCACUCAAAAUAAGUUCCCACUACCAAACAAAAACGAAUCUAAAGCACCUAGUCUUUUGAACAGAUUAGAGAUUAGAUCUGUGAGUAGUUAGUUGGUGUAUCGUGUUUCGUGUCUCGUGUGUGUCGCUGCAAAAAGAAACGAUAUUAGUUAGUCUUCUUCAUCAAUCCGAAUCCAAAUCCCCUCAUCAUCUCUCAGCUAGAUUGCAUUAAAAAUUAAAAAUUCUACUUAAAUUCACUUCACAAGUGUGCCAUUUGGAACUGCUCUGUUAUUUAUAAUUUGUAAUUUAUUGUCUGUUGUUUGUAAUGUGUGUUUGUUUGUCGAUUGAAAACUUUGUUAAUUCAUAAAAUAAAAAUAUCAAAGAAAUUGUGUUGCGUUUCAUUAUUAUUUGACAUCGUUGUCUUAAAGAAAAAAGACACGAAAAGUGGUUUGUUUGAAGCAAUGACUGUUCGUCACAAGUGCCACCGCCCCUAUUUUUUAUGGAAUUUCAUUAAACUUUUAGUGAUUCUUGUUAACCUUCUGUCAUUGACGACGACCAUUGCCGAAAUAAUCCCUGAUUUAGGACCUUAUCAAUAUCUGGGAUGUUACAGUGCUCGAACGGAUCUUCUAAAGGAUUCGGUUUAUGCUCGCAGUGCACAAACAUGCAUCGAGUUAUGCGAAAAUUCCAAUAUCCGAUAUGCCAUAUUAUCUGGCGAAAAGUGCUACUGUGAUAAUAUUGCAAUCGAAAGUGAAAAAUUCGAUUCCAAACUCUGUAAUACUAGAUGCAGUGAUACGAAAUCUCAAUAUUGUGGAGGUGUUGAUGCCCACAGUUAUUAUUCAACGAAUAUCGAAGGACCCCCAGAAAAUUUAAGAAUCUCCAACACUACCGAAAACAGUAUACUCAUAACAUGGGAUCCACCAAACAAAGAUGAAAAAGUCACUGAAUUAAUGAUCAAAGGAACAGUUAUGCAUUCAUUCACAAGCUAUCCAUUCUUUCCUCAACCCGAAUUCAUUGUCCAAAGUACGGAGGAUCGUUUUGAAAUGACAGACCUUCAUCCAGCUACAAAAUACAAUAUCAGUGUGUCUGCCAUGUGUGGAAAGUAUGUUUGUGGUAGUCACAAUUUAACCGGCACAACCGAAGUCGGUACACCCGAUCCAGUACCUGAAGAACCGAUAGUCUUUAAUCGAACUGAUUCAACAAUGCUCAUAAAUAUCAAACCAUAUGCGAAUAAUAACGGUCCGGUGACUAGUUACUUGGUGAUAGUACAGAGACUUGAUAGUUCUCUAACCCAACCAUUUGAUGAAGACUUACUCGGAAGCUUUGAACGAGCACAGGAAGAUGGAACAUUGUAUUACAUUGCUGGAGAAUUGGAUUAUCAGAAUACUACACAAACAUUCAUGGUGGGGGAUAAUGAAACCUAUGGUGGCUAUUGGAACGCACCGCUAACAAAGGACGCACAUAUUCAUAUUUCCCUAGGAGUAGUUAGCACCCUGAAUGGUAUAACUAAAAUGCGUUACGCGAUAGCUUCGCAUGAUCAACAUGAACCUACACAGUUUCAAUACGCAAAUUUCGAACCUGGAGAAGAAUCGGUGCUAGCUUUAACGAUAGUCUGCAUUGUUUUUGCCCUGUUUUUGAUCAUUUCGAUAAUUAUCUUCUUAUAUCUGAAACAUGAAACAGCUCGUCUGGAGCGUCUUCCAAGCGACACACAUGAACUAACCCUACAAGGACCAAUGGUUGAAGUGGAAAAUGAUGGAUUUGUUGGUGAUAACGGACGUAAAGGAACAUUCAAGGAGCAGUUAAAUGCAUUGGUUGAAAAUGUAGACAACACACAGAGGUUACCACGAAAUGCAAUUCGAAUGAACAUCGAUGAUAUCAUUGCUGAAGGAAGAUUCGGUGAAGUUAUCACUGGAAAACUAUACACGAGCACCGAAGCACAUGAUUGUCAAGUUCACAUAAUAUCAGAUGACAUGAAUCAAGAAACUCAAUCACAAUUCCUAAAAGAUUUUGAAAAUGUAAUCCGCCUAAUGCCACAUGAAAAAUUUUUACAUUUCUAUGGCAUCACUGCUUCAGUGGAUUGGUUUUAUCUUAUAUUUGAAAAUGACAAAUCAACGUUAAAACAAAAACUCAUUGAGAGCCGAAUUCCAGCAGCUAACCAAACUACAACGUUUUGCACAUAUUCUGAAGAGUUUAUUCUUCAGUGGAUUUAUGAAAUUGCUAUGGCUAUGGAAUAUUUAGAAGUUAAUAAGGUUGUGCACAAACAUUUAUGCUCAUACAGCAUCUACGUUACAAAUUCGAAUAAAAUUAAAGUAUCACUUUUCGGACCAAUUGCUUAUGCUGAAGAAAGUAAAAAAGUCGACAUAUCUCGAUGGUUGGCCCCAGAAGUUCUUCGAUUCCAAAACUACUCACCCAAAUCGGAUGUAUGGUCGUUUGCUUGUUUAGCUUGGGAAUGCUGUACUCUCGGUGCUACACCAUAUGCUAACAUCACUAGCCAAGAUCUAUUGCCACGCAUUAAAAACGGUCUGCGUCCUGAACAACCAGCUUUUGUAUUCAGUGAUUUAUAUCAGCUAUUCCUUAAUUGUUGGCAAUUGGAACCUAGCGAGAGACCUGAUUUUGAAGAUGUUGCCUUUAAUGUGAGACAAGUUUUAACAUCGCCAACUCAUGCAUUAUCAUUUAGACGAGACGAAAAAGCAGUUCUACCAUACUAUUUGCCUCUGCUUGAGAUGCACAACUAAAACAAAAAUGUAAAGCGAAUCUAGUGAAUUUUAAGAGAAAACAAAAACAAAAAAAUAGUACAAGUUUUUUUAGAAAAUAUAGUUCUACUUUGUAUUUGCUUUAAAACAAAAAUUAAAAUACAUUCCUUUAAAUCGUGUUCAAUCAUACAAAAUACAUAUAUACUUUGUGCAGCUUUUACAGUAUUUAUCUUCGAUAACAUUCCAAUUUAUUGAAAAUAAUUGUUAAAUAUUUUAAUUAUAUAAUUUCUCUUUAAAGUUUAACUUAAGAAAUGUUUAAAAUUUAAGAAAAAACUUUACCAAAUUCUCUGUCUUGAUGACCAAAUUAAAAGUGUGCCUUAAAU